AUGGGAACACCGUUCGUGUCCCUUCUGGAGCCGACCCGGCUCGACGCCUACAUCCGCGGCGCGCCGCACGACGAGCAGCCGGCGACGAUACCAAAGGAGAUUUGCGACGCCAUGGAGGUGCGCGAGGCCGUCUUCGUCGCGGAGCAAGGCGUCCCCGCCGAGAACGAGUUCGACGCCGACGACAGCCGCGCCUGCCAUUGGGUCUCGUACGCGUCCGUCAAUAAAGUCGUCGAGCAGGAGGUGCUCGACGACGCCGGCAACGUCGUCCGGCCCCGCCGCAGCAGCACCCGCAGCACGCCCAUCGGCACCAUCCGCCUGGUGCCCUUUCCCCACGCCCCGCACCCCAAGAACGGGGGCGUCUACUGGGACGGGGUGUUGAAGGAGGACCCAGCCGUGGCGGCGGAUGCUGCGCCGAACGGGGAGAAGAAGGUGGUGGCGGACAAGGAGUCUUCCGAGUCGGCGAGCAUCUUUGCGCCGGACCGCGCGACGGCGCUGCACGACGGGCGGGAGCCGUACGUGAAACUGGGCCGGCUGGCCGUGGUCAAGGAGUUUAGGGGACACCGGAUCGCGAGGCUGCUGGUCACGACGGCGCUGGCGUGGCUGCGGGCGCACCCGAGCUACUUUGAUCCCAGUAUCAAGGAGAUGGGACUCGAGGCGAUCGGGGCAACGAGCGCAGAGGAGGUGCCCAAGUGGAGGGGGCUCGUCUGCGUGCACUCGCAGGCGGCCGUGGUGGGCGCGUGGGAGAAGUUUGGGUUCCGGGUCGACGAGGAGAUGGGGACGUGGUGGGAGGAGGGGAUCGAGCACAAGGGUAUGUUUAUGCGGUUGGAUGUCGAGGAGGAGAAGCCCAUUCUUUGA